AUGCCACAAUGGUGGGAAAGAAGACUUCAAAAGUACGAGGCUUAUCAGGCCGAGUUUGAUCGAGAGAUUGGAACACUACCCCUUGAUCUGGACUCGGCGGUGGCUAUUCGCUUGAGGGAUCUCAAAAAUGUGCGGGAAGAUCUUAAAAAUAACGGGGAUAAGCGCAACCUUCUAUCGACGGUAAACGCCCUCAUAGAAGCCUACAUGUCCAAGGGGUUGAAUUGGAAUGACGGACUGGUGACAUACUGGUCAAAGCGCAAGAAGGUUUGUGAUGGCCCGAAGGAAUUCACAUGGAAAGACUUCGAUCUCUACAGCGAAAUGCAUCAAGGACACCAGAGUUUCUGGGUUGGUUGA